GUGAUGAUGGAGGGAGAGUCGUACCACAGGUCGUGCUUCAAGUGCGCGCACGGCGGUUGUCCCCUGACGCACGCUACCUACGCCGCCUUAGACGGCGUUCUCUACUGCAAGCACCACUUCGCCCAGCUCUUCAUGGAGAAGGGCAACUACCAGCACGUCCUCAAGGCCGCCACCCACAAGCGAAAUCCUUCCGCCUCCGAUAACGGCGACGACGAGGCCGCCGUCGACGACAGCCACUCCGCCGCCUCCGCCGGAGACGACAACCGCGACAAAGACGCCGGUAAUGAGGAAUAAUUAGUGAGCCACCCCUCCGCUAGGCUGGACAGCCACCGUAUAUUGUUUUUCUCUACGAUUAAUUUUCAAUUACUCCCUAAUUAAUUCCCCUUUUUUUCUCCAGAAUAUAAUUCAAUAUAUUUACCAUUUUUAAAUCAUUGUAUUUAAUUUUCCCAUGGUCUUGAAUUGGUUAGUUUUUUAUUUCUUGUUUUGAUUAUUUUUUUUCAUAUUAUUGUAUUGUAAGUUUGUUGACCUCUAUAUAUACGCUUUGUGUUUGUUUUGUAAUUAAUGGCCAUUGUUUGU